CGCGCGUGCGCAUUUAUGACCCGAUCUGUGCGUCCCAGUCACGUGACAACACCUCACAACGCCUGCGCAAACACAUAGAAGAUGGCGGAGAGUGCGGAACUGAAGCAAAUGGUAAUGAGCCUGCGGGUGUCAGAGCUGCAGGUGCUCCUGGGAUACGCUGGCCGCAACAAGCAUGGACGCAAGCACGAGCUGCUGACCAAGGCAUUGCAUCUGCUGAAAUCUGGCUGCAGCCCCGCCGUGCACAUGAAGAUCAAAGAGCUCUACCGAAGGCGCUUCCCAGCCAAAAUGGUCUCCCACUCAGAGCUUGCUCUUCCGGGGCCACAUCACCCAGCCUCAGCUGGAGUAGUUGGGGGAGGUGGCGCUGCACUUCCGGCUUGCAUGACACAGUUGGCGUACGAGGGUCACGCCGGGCACGGCGGAGCCCCGUCACCAGCUGCUCUACUACCCCUAUCGCUGCUCGGUCCCGGGAAACACGAGUUGACUGGACUGGCACACCACCUGCCCGCCUCUGCCUCGCUGCAUCCUGUCCACCCAGAUGUGAAGCUCCAGAGGCUUCCCUUCUACGACAUGCUGGAUGAACUCAUCAAGCCAACCAGUCUAGCGUCAGACAACAGUCAGCGGUUUCAAGAGACGUGUUUUGCCUUUGCGUUAACGCCGCAGCAGGUUCAGCAGAUUAGCAGUUCCAUGGACAUCUCGGGGACCAAAUGCGACUUCUCAGUCCAAGUUCAGUUGCGGUUUUGUCUGUCAGAGACCAGCUGUCCUCAGGAGGACCAUUUCCCCCCAAAUCUGUGUGUGAAAGUCAACGGGAAACCGUGCACCCUUCCUGGCUAUCUUCCCCCAACCAAAAAUGGCGUUGAGCCCAAGCGGCCCAGCCGGCCCAUCAACAUUACCUCACUCGUCAGAUUGUCCACCACAGUUCCCAAUACCAUCGUGGUGUCCUGGACGUCUGAGAUCGGAAGGAAUUACUCCAUGGCGGUUUAUCUGGUGAAGCAGCAGUCGUCCACAGUGCUGCUACAGAGACUACGAGCAAAAGGCAUCAGAAACCCAGACCACUCCAGAGCUCUCAUCAAAGAGAAGCUGACCGCAGACCCUGACAGUGAAAUCGCCACCACAAGCCUGCGAGUGUCGUUGCUCUGCCCGCUGGGGAAGAUGAGGCUGAUGAUCCCAUGCAGAGCGCUGACUUGCUCCCACCUGCAGUGCUUUGACGCCACGCUCUACAUCCAGAUGAAUGAGAAGAAGCCCACCUGGGUGUGUCCAGUCUGUGACAAGAAGGCGCCCUACGAGCACCUCAUCAUCGAUGGGCUGUUUGUGGAAAUCCUCAACAGCUGCAUGGACUGUGAUGAGAUCCAGUUUAAGGAAGAUGGCAGCUGGGCCCCCAUGAGGUCAAAGAAGGAAGUGCAGGAGGUGUCCUCAGCCUCCUGUAACAACGGACUGGAUGGCUCCUGCCGGACGUCAGACGGCUCCGAUCAGCUGACCUCCUCGUCUUCCAGCCACAGCAGCAACAGCAACGCCAAGAAAGUGGAAGUGAUCGACUUGACACUGGACAGCUCUUCAGACGAAGAAGAAGCGGACUCUCCACCUCCGCCGCCACCUCCUCCUCCUCCAUCGCUGCCGUCGCUUCCUCCUCCUGUCAAAAGAGCGUGUUCCUCUUUGUCCCCGACCUCCCCGCCUGUCAUCAACAAAGGUGUGCUGAACCUGCACCACCAGGCUUCUCCUGUGAGCCGCACCCCCAGCAUUCCAGCCAUGGACACCAGCUACAUCCCACCAGUCCCUCCACUCAUCCAGGACUACAGGCCCUAUUAUCACACCCCCAACGACCUGUCAGAUCUGAACUUCUUUUCCUUUCUUCAAGUAGACAAUCAUCAGCAUUACAACAUGGUCAUGGCGACAGCAGCCGCUGCCUCGGCUUCAGAUGACCACGAGCUGCUCUUCAACCGCUUCCUGCCCUACAACUCCUCCUCCUCCGCCACCCAGCUGUACCUCAACCAAUCAGGAGCGUCCCCCGCCACCUCACUGACGGCGCCCAGCAACGGGGCGAGCAACUCUGGCAGCAGCAGCAGCCUGGUGUCAUCCAGCAGCCUCCGGGAUACUCACUCAACACACUCGUCCUCCCUCACGGGCUCACACUCCUCACACACACACACACACCCCGGGGUGGUGGCCAGCCGGAGCGGUACCGAUGCAGUGGCAGCUAUUUACAGCGGGAUACCCGACGUCAUAUCGCUGGACUGACCCGAGAGGGGCCGGAGCAAGAGUCUGGGCCCCAGCUUCAAUGCAGUAACCAACCCGUUCACGAGCUGACUCCAGGAACUAGACUGACCCCCACCGGACUGACCGGUCGGUGGGGAUGUGCCAGGACUCAGCCACUUAAAGGGAGAGCACAAGUUCCGAAACUGGAUGUUGUCACUUUAAGGGGUCAGCGGUGGCGUCCAUGCUGCAGAUCAGAAACGCAUGAACUCCUGAUUUCUGCUGUUCUGCUGCCAGCCCGGCACAAACGGCAAAGAUGCUACCUGAGAAAAAAACAAAACACACGACGUUGGAACUUUUUUAAACAAAGAUGAGAAGCAAAGGUGUGGCACCGUGUACAAAGAACAAAAUCUAUUUUCCUCUUUUACUUUUGUAUGUUCAACCCGAACACUGUCAGUGUAGUGAGCUGCUCGGAUCUCUGUUUGGAGGUGGAGGAAGGAGGAGUCUCUUCCUCUGGCUGAAGCUUAUAUAAACGCCUGUUGCCAUGUUUUUGUCUUUUCUCCAACAUGAACUUCCAUGCUCUUUUCCAAACUCCACAUGUUUGUUUUUUUUCUUCAGACAAUGACUUUACAGUUUAAUGGUGUAAUUUUAUUUUCUUUUUAAGUUAUGUAUGAUAUUUAAACAGUUAUAUAUGCAUUCCCUUUGACCUUCAGGUUAACGCUCUGGGAGUGUGCGGGAGCAAGCUAGCCUUUUCUAGUGUUUCAUUUGAAAGACUCUGCCAGCAUAAAGCAUUUAUUUAUACUUGCCAGUUUUAGAUCUUUUGAGUUGGGAGGGUUUUUGUUUCUUUUGCACAAUGCCAAAAAUAAAAAAUAAAAAAACGCAGUAGGUACUUUUAGGAAAAAAGGUCAGAGCGGUGGGAGUGCGGUCGCAUCGACGUGCCAGUGUUUGUAGUCCGUCUCGGUGUGUUCCCGGUGGGACGCUCUGUCCCCUUCUGUCUCGUCUCCUUAGCUGACUGUUAAACAGGAAUUCCAGUGAAGCUGUUGUAGCAGCGUCAGACCUUUUAAAGACACGGGCGGCGUGACGGCAUGUGACCAAGUUCAAACUAGUGCCUGUCCAUGUCCGCGUUUGGGAAACGUCAUUUUACUGUCUUAAAUGCUCCACCCCCUUACCUGACCUCUAUAACCCAGGUUUUUAGUUUUUUCGCCAUACAUACGGCGGAGUCAUGUUUGGGUCAUUUUUGUUUUCUUUUCCAAAAUGCACGUCCUGUCUGGGGAUGCUCUAUGAAUGUAUCAUACUUGGCUUUGUAGUGAAAGGGAACUGUGCUGCCCCCCUUCCCCUAAUGUGUCCUUGAAACCCCCCCCUCCACGCUGACUGCUGCUAUCAUCCCACCCCUCCGUGUGCCAGUCCCUUCCAGAAACCUGCCGCACACUCCACUGCCCAAUUAUCACAUCCGCGGUGACUUAAUCACUUCUGACAGCAGCUCCCCUCCACUUCUGUCCCGUUCAACCCCCCCAUCCACCAACUCUCUUUCUUCCGUUUGUAACUUUAUUUUCCUCUCCGGGAGCCUCCUCUCCAUCUCACUCCCAUCAUCCGCCACGAGAGAAGUAACAGUUCUGUGCAGUAUUGUAUUUAUUUAUGUUUGUCUAGAUGAUGUUGUUGAUUUCUGUGCAGAGUGAGUCACUGUCACCUGGGAGCUUUUGACUUUCAUGUCAUUUGAAUGACUUCUUCAGGACUUGUGAGGAAGCUGCUGCCUUCUGAUCCAAAAAAAAAAGAGCCGCGGUGGAUAAUUCUUCCCUAUAAGCCUCAAAGAAGUUAAUGUUAGCAUUCGUUAGUUUGACGGGGAUUAGAUUUGUUUUAGGAACAAAGAGACUGCUGACAUCAUCUCUGAGCAACCUGUUGAGGAGGUUUGCUGUUGUUGUCUGUGGAUGAAAGCUCCAGUUUUCUUUGAGUUAUUGUCAUUUAUAAAUGCCGCUUUUCUCCUUCAAAAUCUACUGGAAUGACGGUGAUUGUGUUAAUUAAAAAAUGAAAGUAUGUUAGAUAUUGAGAGAAGCUGACAAAAAUGCCCUUCAUGAAGACAUCUUUGAGGAAGGAGCAGGAUUUUUUUUGUGCUCUGGUCUUAAACUUUUGAUCAGCCGAUGAACAGUCCGUUCCAUUGUUAUUUUAAUUAAAUUAUUGGCUCAAAAUGAUUGGCCAAAUCGAGCCACGCCAAAUGAAGAUCCAUGCAAUUUCAUCCACAAGUACAUCCACAAAUCGCAGACGUUUCGGCCUCUUGUGUAAAAAAAAAAAAAAAAAAUAAAAAUAGAUUUUACUCGUUAUAAUAUUUAAUUUUAACAGAUUUGAUUGAAGGAAAAAUGUCAAACAUCGAUUUACCUGCUGUGUCCAGCUGCAGAUCUCUCCAUUCUCCUCCAGACACGUUUGGAGGUGUUCCUGUCAGGUCCGAUUGGACUCAGAGCGUAAAGCUGUGGUUGAGGGAGCAUGAAAAGCCCUCGCCGCUCAGACCUUAGCCCCAUGAGAGCCUGUGGGAUGUGAAGGAGAAGACUGUAGAGCCCCCCUCCCCGUCGCCCCUGCAGACUGAACGGCACACUGCUCACAGAUGAGUGUCAGGACAUCGCACAAGCUAAUGAGAGCAUCAGGGAUCAGUACGGUGGCCCUGAAGGUAAAUCACACCAACAUGUUUAAGAUCACAAGAAUUUUAGAAACCAAAACAACAUUCCCAAAAAACUGAAUUGAUUUGUUUUGCUUAUUUAUAUUUUUGCUUUGAGUGACAUGUUGAUGUGAUUUGCCCCUCUAGGCCACCGUAGAUCAGCAAUAACAUUUGUUUUGAAAGUAAUCAAGGUUUAAGGAAAAGUUCCCAAACUUCCGGCUUUUAGUUUAUGGAAUCAGAGAUCAGCACCUGAGCUUUCAUGAGCAGCUUUCAUGUCUGCUUCACUGUCGACCUGCUUCGAGUCUGCUUUCAGCGUCUGUGAUUUGCAUCGAGACUUUCAUUAAUUUAUCCCUCCUCCUCCUCACAUGUCAUGCAGCUGAAGAGCAGGAAGCACGUGUCGUACCAGGGCAGACAGUGUUGAAUGUGUUUCUGUUGAAGUGCUCGACAAACAAGAAUGGGAAAACCAAAAAAAGUCAAAUCCUCCUCCCCCUCCUCCGCUCCUGCGUCUUCUCUCCCUCCUGUCUCAUAACUUUUAUUCCUGAAGACACAUGAGCUUUAUUGGGAACCUGAAAAAGCAGCUCAGCUCUUUAGUCUCGCUGAAACAAAAGGGAAACUUGUGUGUUUUCUGUCCUGUAAAGCUGAAAACAGAAACCUUCCAUUCAAACGUGGGUGUUUGCUGUCUUUUUGUAUGCUGUCGUGUGUCCGUUCAGAGUGAGAGAAUCAAAUAAUUUAUAUAUUUUUUUUAGAAAAUGAAAGUUGUAUUAUUGAAAAAAAAAAGACUGUGGCCACUUAGUCUCUGUAACAACUGAAAGAAUCUGUCAGACUUGAGUUGACGUCUGCCUUCACUGCCUUAUUCACAGGAUUCGUUUCAAAGCUCCAAACCGAGAAAAUCAUUGACAGAUAAAGGCUUUUCCAGGAGGGACGGAGAAGACGAUGUACAGUAGACCCAUGUCAGUUUGUACAAAGAUACCAAGUGGAAAAAAUAUUUAUUACCUGCAUUGAAAGAAAUUGUUUACUUAUUGAAUGUUCCCUGUUUAUGUAGAAAAGUAGAUGUAAUAAAACGCAUUCUGCUACUUAAA